AUGGGUGAGGACAGCGAGAGCCCCAAAAUCAAUCACAGCUUCCUCCGAGACUAUGUCACAGAAGUCCUGAAAAUAACCUUCAUCUCAGCAGCUGAGCGACAUGUUCCAACAGAUAAAACUAUAAAGUUAUGGAAGGUGAGCGAGAGAGACAAGCGGCCAGAGGGCUACAAUCUGAAGGACGAAGAAGGGCGAAUAAAGGACAUCUCCACCGUGACGUCAUUACGGGUGCCGGUCCUGAAGCCCACUGACCUGAUGGUUGAGGUGCGGCCGAGGAGAAUCUUUGCCAACGGCCACACCUACCACGUCAACUCCAUAUCAGUCAAUAGUGAUGGCGAGACAUAUCUGUCUGCUGAUGAUCUCAGGAUCAACAUGUGGCACCUGGAUAUCACAGAUCGAAGCUUCAACAUUGUGGACAUUAAGCCAGCUAAUAUGGAGGACCUGACGGAGGUAAUAACAGCUGCAGAGUUCCACCCACAGCACUGCCACCUGUUUGUAUACAGCAGCAGUAAAGGCACGUUACGCCUCUGUGACAUGAGAGAGUCGGCACUCUGUGACAAGCACUCCAAAAUCUUUGAGGAGCCAGAGGACCCAGGCAAUCGAUCUUUCUUCUCUGAGAUCGUCUCGUCGGUUUCUGACGUUAAGUUCAGCCAUAGUGGACGCUAUCUGCUCACCAGAGACUACUUGACUGUCAAAGUAUGGGACCUCAACAUGGAGAAGGGCCCAGUGGAGACCUACCAGGUGCAUGAGUACCUAAGAAGCAAGCUCUGCUCUUUGUAUGAAAACGACUGCAUCUUUGACAAGUUUGAGUGCGUCUGGAACAGCACAGACAGUGUAAUCAUGACAGGAGCGUAUAACAGUUUUUUCCGGAUGUUUGAUCGUGAGACCGGUCGCGGUGUAACCCUCGAGGCAUGGCGUGAGAACAGUAAACCGCGCGCCGUGCUGCGGACUCGCCGUGUUUACACCGGGGGCCGGCGUCGCCGGGGUGACGUGGGCGUGGACAGUCUGGACUUCACUAAAAAAAUUCUGCACAUGGCUUGGCACCCGGCUGAAAACAUCAUCGCCAUCGCAGCCACUAACAACCUCUAUAUCUUUCAGGACAGGGUCAGUGUGGAAAACCAGUGACAAGAGACAUGUAACGGGGUAAUGCAGUAAUGCUCUUCACAGGGCCACACACACCAACAUGCAUUCAAAUCAUGCACAUGCAUUAAAUUUAUCCUUUAAAACAAAUAUUAUUGGUCCUGUGAAGAUGGACGUAGUUGCCAGACCCCAAAAGUAAACAGAUGGACUUUGCAGUUAAGCCGUUCCAGGAGAGCAGUUAUGUAUAGCUAGUGACUUUAACUGAUAACUUGUUUGGUUAGUUACACCGCCAAGAAUGUUGCCAAUGAGCUACGGUAUGUGGAAUUUAUGAUUGACCAGCCAAUCCCGGACUGCUUUGAUAUGUGAUGGAUGGUGUUGCCGGCCAAUCCCUGACUGCGCUGAUCUGUGAUUGACAGCUGUUUGGAUAAAGGGCAGUGCCUUUGGGCUGAAGACCAGGAAUGAGACCACUCCACUCCUCUGUGCCAGGCUGCCAUGGAGACAGGUUACUCGGUUGCCAUGGUAACAAGAGUGCUCUGAGCAGUCUUCCUAUCACGUGCUUCCCAAAAACCUAUCCCACAAUGCAUCUGCUACACGAGCACUCAUUUUACUUCACAUUGAAUCGACCGUUUGUGGAGACUUGAUUGCCUAUACGACCAAAUCACUAUAUCUCGCACUUGGAGAAGGUUUAAAUUCCAGUACUUGUCUGGUGUAUUCUAUCAGAAGGAUUGAACCACUACUUCAUCAAAACACUGUCUUAACCUGGUUACACCUCAUGAUGGGUUAUAUUUACACCUGUAUGGUAGAAAAGCAUUGGUUUGUCUCUAAAAAAAAAGAAAGAAAGAAGAAUGAGGGUAUAUCACUGCUAACAUUCUUUCAAAAAAUCCUUCUGUAGUCUUGUGUAAGGAAACUGACAUGAGUCGGGAACUCAGGAUCAAACUCUGAUCUGGUUUCUGGUUAUGCAGAGUUCUGGGCUCUCACAGUGAAGCACUGCCUUUUUAUUUAUGAUUGUAGCUACUAUACUGAUCCCUCAAAAGGAAAUUUAAACAGUCAUGUAGGAAGUAUAGAUGAACAAUUUAGUGACACAGGCUACAAAACAGUGCAGAAAGACAUGGAAAUCAGUUGGUUAAUUUAAAGGAUAUUUUGGCAUCAAUGAUUUACCACAAACAAUAAUUCUGACACAUUCUUCUAUUUGUUUAAUUGUAAAAAAUCUUAGAAAAAAGUACUUUCAGUGGAAGUCUGUGGGACAUUCGGAGGGUUUAAAAGCAAACUUUUGCAGCUUGUAUGUUUGUUAAAGUGCUUAUAUGAGUGGUUCUCAAUGUUUGACUCCAAGGCCCCUCAUUUUCCACAAGAAUAUCCAAAAACCCCAUGACUUUUCCAGGUGUUCGUGUUUAACUGGAAAAAAUAUUUUUAACUCACAAUUUAUACCCAAUAUUUUAGAGCUUGGCAUGGCUAGAAAAC